GACGUCCAUCCACCUACAUCUACACUUUCAACCUCAAUUAACACCGAUGCACGUAUUCUGUGUGCAUCCGCGAAUUCCACAGUGGUCUAUGACCUACGGACAAUUAGUCUCAUCAUUCUGGUACUUGAUGUAGAGAUUUCCACGAGUCUCUACCCGUUACUAAGCUAAGCUCCUUCUCCGUUUCCGCGCUCCAUUACUAUCGACCAACCCCAUAUACGGUAUCAUCUACCAAGAAAUGGGCAUACAACACCAGCCUGCUCAACAUGGCUGGCAGCUACGUAGACCACCCCUCUGAGAGGAAUCUGAUAGACCUCAUCGGUAGGUUUUCACUUGGGCCCCUGCAUUUUUGUCUUGUGAUAUCGCAUUCCCAUUCUGAUUGAACAUGAAAUCAGACGACCUAAGACGCGGUGAUUCCAAGCAGUUUGCCUCGACGGUGGAAGGUAUGUUCUCUGUUCCCACUCCCCGGUGACCCUAUUGUCCCUAACAGCCAAAUGCUGAUCAGUUUUUCCAGCCCUGAAAAGUACCUUCGAUCCCAAAGGUUCAAGUCGACUGUAUGUCAAUGCUUCACUGGUGCUGAGGAAGCGAUGAGCUGAUUUCGGACUUAGUGCAAACCUCGAUGAUAGUGCAUGGCACAAAAUAUACGAAGAGCUGUUCCAGGUCGUAGUUUCCGUCAAACCUGGCUUGGCCAAGGCCAAAAAGAGCUCUCAAGUUCCGGGGCGACUUACACAAAUUGCAGACCUUUUACGUGUGAUUUUGAAAGCUGGAGUGUCGAAAAUAUCCGCCAAAACACUGACCGCAAUUAUUGAUCACAUCACCCAAAUACUCCCCACCUCCAGCGGAGAAUACUGUGGACCUCUGCUCCACCACUACCUAAAGGCUUUAACUAUUGUCGUGGAACAUCAGGCAAAUUCUGAAAGGCUUGCAAACGCGGAGAGGUCGAAACAAAACUCGCGAGAUAAGGAACGAGUCUGGCCUGACGUUGUGGACUUUUGCUGCCAAGGAAUUAACCAAUAUGUCAUUGAUAGUCCCCGAAGCUUCGCUCGAAAUUCAUCCCUGGCUGCAGGAAGAAGUCUCUCUGCUCGUCCACUGGUCAAAUCCUCAUCUGCUAGCACUAUUAUUGACCACAGCACGCCUUUGUCAAAAAGCCAUGCAGAUGAUCUCUUGCAAACCCUGCACUUGUUGGUUUCGCCAGCGAAUGCUCCCAUUGCCCUACGGUACAAGGAGAUUUAUGCGUGCAUACUGAAGUUUUGGCAUGCCCAGGGCUCCAACGUGACCCAAUCCCACCAAUUGAUAUUUUCUAUCAUCAACAAUAUAAUUCUCCAUGUCCGGACGGACGAGAUUGUUUUUACACAGUCGAUCGCUUCUGAAGUUGUUCCCAUCAUCUCUCGAUUCUGGCAAGGAAAGACUGUAGCCAAGGAUGAGAUGCUCAACUCUGUGAGGGAUGAGAUUUUGAUUUUCAUGUUUAUGAUCCAUCCUCACCUCGAGCGGAGCAUGAGGGAUGGAGAGGAUGUACUUUCUAUGUUAGAGGAAUUAUCGGAUGUGCUGAAAUCAGAUUACGCGCGGCGUUCGCCAAAGGAUCAGAUGCAAUUAGAUGAUCUUACCAUGGUGGAUUUUGGUGCGCAUCCGAUGGCUGCACCUUUUUGCUUGCAAGCCAUCCAAUUGAGAGACCAUAAUACAAAAUCCGAGCGGAACUGGGCUCAUCUUCAAAUUGUGGGAAUUGUCGAAAGGUUGAUCAACAUCGGGCAGCAACAAGUAUCCCUAGGAAACAAUGACGAGGAGCUUGAAAAACACCCUCGAAAGCGCCAACGGGUCGCAAUGAGCUACGAUCGAAUGCUAGAACCCUUACAGUCUUACCACGAGAAGAGACGACUUGCCGGCUUACAAACUCUACCAUAUAUACUCAUCAACCGUCAGCUCGUGCCAUCAGAACUUCAAACCAUUCUGGAACAUCUUCAAACAUGUUCUUUUGACAAGCGAGGGGAGAUCCCAUCUUGGGCGAUGCUCGCAUUAUCAAGGCAAGUAUUCAUCCGACCAAAUCUACUCGGUAUCACUUAAUCACUGACCGACAUUCUUAGUUGUAUAUUCCAGAAAUCAGCCGCAAAGAUCAAAGCCGCCAUUUGGAAAUCACUAUGGGACCUUGCAACCCGAGCGCUGACGUUCUCCAAUACAUGUCGUGCUGCUGCGGUCCUUCUCCACGCCAUCCUAGCCAGGCCUCUCUUACAUUACCACGAUGUUGAUGAGGACAUAAGUAGGAUGGUUACGUCCGCGGAUACCAGUGGGCCGGCAAUUGUAUGUGAUUCUGCUAUAUUCCUCAUGGUACACCUCCUGCAUGCGCGAAUUGGAGAAUUACCAAGUUCAAGUCUCUCGACUUCCCAGCACGCAGUUCGAUGGCUCUUUGCCAGAUGGAAUCCAUGUACGUUGAAACUCCAACACCAUCGCUCAGUCAACUGACGUUAGCCUCAUAGCCGAUCGGUCAUUUGCGGCCCAUCAGGCGAUUCACGUUCCGCCAAAUCACAUUGUAGGUUUGCUUCGUGCAAGCCUUGGCUUACAUCGACUUCCUAUCUUGUCAGAGUAUGGAAUGCCCUACGGCUGUGUUGCCCAAGCCUGGCAAAGGUAUUUAGACUCAGAGAACAUCAUACAGUAUCUGCUAUUGUUGGACAACCGCACGACCUCCCCCCUGGCUCCCUGCGGCUCUUGCCCGCGGGUUGCGGACUCUGAUGAUAUCUUAUAUAUUCUUGACACUGCGCAUUUCAGUUCCGCACGGAAAUUGAUGCUGGAACUGCUCUUGUCAAAGUGCAGCGAGCUUUUUCAAAGCUGGAAAAGCAACAGCGCUGAUCGUACUUCUCCCGUUUCAACAGACACUUUUCGCAGUGCGAUAUAUGGAUGUCUUGUCAUGUUUCUUUCAAUGCCACAUUUUGCCCAGGCUGGAUUGCUUCAACUGCAAGAGUUUGAAGCUUGCGUCCUAGAGUUUUCUAAGGAGCUUUUGGCGUUCUUGAGCGAUUCGGAUGCCAGAGAUCCUGUAGGAACCCGAACUUUGGCACAAACCCUUCUACAGUCCGUUCAGCCGUACUUGCCUUCCUGCACAUGUAGUGAUCUGAUGAAUAUCGCACAAAAAUCACCUCAACUUCUCCAGUUUUUCGUGGCUGUCACGGAGAACCUUCGAGGACGUAGGUCUGCUGUAGUUGCAUCUUCGGUACUCGAGAAUGAUACAAUGGAUUUAGAUGACGACUUUGAUGAUUUUUCGCAGCAUAGCCAUGCUAGAACAGACACGCAGAAAUCCGCGCUAUCGAGAAAUGUUGUGGGUCUCGACGCCUCACCCGAAUCAUUUGAAGCUAUGGUAUAUGUACGCCUAUUGCUGGUUACAGCUGUCGAAACAACGGAAGAUCAGUUUAAUUUCGUCCCCGAUAGUUUCAUCGAUCAUCUGAUUGAUAUGUCAGACGAAGACAUACUGCUAAGCCACUCAUUUUUGCAUGAACUUGUACAAUCAAAUCUCCACUUCGAAACAUCACACGCAGCUCAGUUACUCGAACGUGUUGGGUUUAUCCUUAGUUCCAGAGAAUUUGACCGCUGUGAACCCGCUUUGGUCUUAACUUUGGAAUUACUUGAUGGGCUUAGUCCGACGUGGUUGACUGCAGAGCCCACCAGCAAGCUGGGUUUGCUCAUUGAUGAUUUGUACCCGUGGUUCAUCAAGAAAGCUCUGAAAGCCAUGUUCAUGUCCCCGGAAGCUCAAAAGAAGCUUGCCGAGUUACUCCUUACUUUGAUGCGUAAGGACACGGACUAUGGCAUUGAUAUUUCCUUACCGUCGGCUCGUUCAAGUCUCUUUGUCCUCUACCAAACGAGCCACGCAGCCGUCAAAUUUUAUAUCGCGGAGAAGCUCCCCAGCAUCUUCCAUCUAUUCUUGUUCGAUGACCAUGACGAUAUCUUCAGAGACAUCUUGGCAAUUCUUGACAACGACUCAAACUGGCUAGAGGGAAUAUACAUUCGCAUGUUCGCUUUAGCGAGGCUAGCUUCUGAAUGGUCUUCACUACUGCGACGUUGCACAUACCAUAUCUUUGAAAUUCCAGGCACCCUUCCUGAAGGUCUAAAACAUGCCAUCAAAAGUUUAUCCGACGUUUCCCGUGCGAUCAAUCUUAAGAGUUCAAGGGAGCUAUUUGCUCUAUUUGCACCGCAGAUUCUGUAUACGUGGCUCGCUCCUCCCACUGAUGAUCGAGGCUCACCCACUGAGGAUACCGAUGAACCUCCCAUCGGUAAUAUAAAAAUGACACCGUUUGAGGUCUUUGGUUUUUCCACCCUUCGAGACCUUGUCCUAGAAUCACAAGCCGAGGUGGUUGGCCUGAUGGUGAUGAAUGACCAAACUAACGGAUUGAAAGAAGUCGCUGAGAUUCUCGGUGAGAAGGAAGAUGACAUCCUUGUCAAGUGUUUUACCAAAGUCUUGGCAUAUACCGUUGCCUAUGACACGAGUGUUCCUCUCCCUUCAAGCAGUGGCGAGAAAAGGCAGAGUACCGGGGUUUCCCGAGUCAAAAGAAUAUUGGGCACAGAACGAUUUUUUGGCUGUCUAAGUCUUCACUUUGUCGAUAUUAUUGCGCUUCUGUUCACCAUUAGUGAUCCUCAAGAUAGUCUGGAUAAGUAUUUGGCCAGAAAAGAGGAGACCAAGUACGCAGCAAAGAUCAUGGCAGAGAUCAAGGCUCUAAGCCCCUCUCGCAUAGUUUUGCCUCCAAUGCAACAGCCAGCUUUCAGAGCAAAGACUCUUACGGCACAGAUACAACACCUAUGCGACCGUACAGAGCUUGUUAGUACUGACAUUUACACUCCCGCCCUUGUUACUUUCGUCGCCAGAAAACUCGCAGAUACCAUUCAUAAAUCCUUGGGCUCGCUCCAUGCAUGCACCGUCUUACGGAAAGUCAGAACACUAAUAUGCUUAGCUGGCGAGUCUGCGACCACCGGUUAUCCUUUAGAAAUGCUGGUGCGACUAUUUCGACCAUUCAUUAAUGACCCCCAGUGUGCAGACGAUGCUCUUGGUGUCACGCAAUAUCUUCUCAGCGCUGGGCAUGAAUACCUCGCUACUUCCCCGACAUUCGUCGCAGGCACUGCACUUUCUAUCCUAGGAUCAAUCCAGACAUGCCUUAACACAGAGCGAGCGAGCAGUACGCAAGAAAGUCAGUAUCAAAGCACUCUUUCAAAGGUCCAUGAGUUCCGCACCUGGUUCGGGGCAUAUCUGGAGAAUUACCAGAAGUCCGUAUUUCAAAAAGAGCCAAAUCCUGGAUUGGUAAACCUUCUCCGUUCGGCUUAUGCCACAGAAUGGGUCGGAAACGCCGGUAUAGGAUCUUCGGAGAGCAGGCUAUUACUCCAGUUAUUGCAAGAUGAGCAAGCGGAAGUGAAAUUGUUGAGCGGACCAUCGCGGGAAAUUGCGUUGGAACAACUAUGCUCAAGAUUUGAAGCACCCAAAUCAUUCCGUGAAGACGCUUUGGGAGAUGAUAAAUCCGCGAUCUCAAAUGCACUCGUAGUGUGGAAUUCCUGUCGACAUGCUACAACAAACAAGAAAUAUCUUGCUUGGGCUGGACGGGUCCUUGGGCGUGCAUUCGUAGCAUCUGGAUACAUUGAUCCAAAUCUUCUUCGAGAAUCCGCACUGGAACAACUGAAGGGGCUAUCGCCGUCGUCCGAAGAGAUCGAGGAUUCUGAAUUCUACCUUCUGACUGUUCUUCAAGAGCUCACCCUAGGUUACGACAAUAUAAGCACAGGUAUAGCUGAGACCGCCCUAAGAAUCACUUUGACUACUAGUGAUGAAAGAUUGGCCAAGCUCUGCAAGGAGUGUAUCUCCCCAAAUCUCUUCACCGCUUCGAUGUGGGCACAAUUCCAACCUCCUCCGUCUGAUCUGUUAGCAGCCAAGGGAGGUCAAAUUGGCGGUGAUCCAUUUGAUGCAGAUGCUAUAUCUGGGAUCAAUUGGGUACGGGAUAUGUCAGUCGCGCUUGCUCGUUCUGUUCCAGACGACACUCUCCUGUGUGCAAUGAUACCAGCACUACAGAAGAUUCCUGGGUUCGCAGAACGAGCGUUCCCAUUCAUUCUCCACUUGGUAUUGCAGGGGAGAUUCUCGGGCGAAGAAGUCCUCAAGAAGAGGAUUUCGGCCUCUUUUACAUCAUGGUUCUCUAAUAGUGAGAAGAUUGACAAAAACUGCCUGAGAAUAUUGAUAAAUGCAAUAUUAUAUCUUCGGACACAGUUUCUGCAAGGAGACGAAUCAUCAGACAUAUUGAAAUGGCUCAAUAUUGAUUACAUGAAGGCAGCAGCCGCAGCCACGCGUUGUGGGAUGUACAAAACUGCACUUUUGUUUGUCGAAGAGCAUUGUUCGGUCCCUAUCAAAUCAUCACGACGCUCUUCCGUCAAACAAAUGCUUGAGAAUUCUGAAAUCCCAACUGACCUGUCCCUUAUCAUAUUUCAAAACAUUGAUGACCCGGAUCUUUAUUAUGGUGUACAACAGCAGGCUAGUCUAAAGACAAUUCUAGGCCGAUUCGAGUACGAAAAGGACGGCUCGAAGGGAUUAGCGCUUCGAGGUGCUCAGUUCGAUAGUCAUAUCAGGAGGAGGAACCCCGAAUCCAAAAAGGAUAUCGACUCUCUGGCAAAGUCUCUCGAUAAUCUCAGCUUGAGCGGCCUCUCCUAUGCUCUCCUCCAAGGACAACAAUCAGUUGGUAUGAGCGCAUCAUCUACCGAAUCUAUGUUCCGCACUGCUCGUAAGCUUGAGGAAUGGGAUAUACCUGUUCCAGGCGCGUAUAAAAGUAACGCCGUUGCAGUAUAUAAGGCAUUUCAAACCAUCAAUACAGCUACCGAUUAUUCUACUAUGGUGGAGGCAAUCAACGAAGGCUUUGACUAUACCAUGAGCCAUCUUGUGGGCGGAGAUCUAGGGGCAGGUGAUCUCCAUGGAUCGCUUCAGACUCUGGCCACAUUGGUUGAGAUGGAUGAGGUCUUUACAUCGCAAGGCUCUCAGGAUAUUGAGCAGAUGCUAGGCAGAUUUCGAGAUCGUUCUGAGUGGAUGAAGACUGGCAGGUAAGGAGUAUGUACUUUCGUUCUAAGCAGAUUCUAAUCUACUUCUAGGUUCGAUGAUGUGAGCCAGAUUCUGUCCUGCAGAGGCACCACGCUCAGUACGCUAAGCCAACAACCUCGACUUCGAUCCCUGACAGGGACGGAGCUUGUGGACACCAGGCUAGUUGAAGUACAAGCUUCGCUACUCUCAUCCUCUCUCAACCGAGCACAUGACGCGCUACAAGAGUCGCUGUCUUUGGCAACUUCCAUGACUGACCUAAUCGAGCCAUGUCAACAGCUAUCAUUGAACCUCGAGGCUUCUAUCCAACUCGAAGCGGCCAGCUCUUUGUGGGAUCAUGGAGAGACCACGUCGUCAAUCGGCAUGCUUCAAGCCCUAGACGAUCCAACCCUUCUGAAAAAGCAAACAAUCGCCAUAGGCCGCUCUGUCUUACUUUCCAAGAUUGGUCAUCAAGUUUCUGUGGCCCGGCUUGAGACCGCUGAAGAUAUUCGCGAGAAAUAUCUCUUGCCAGCCUUGGAGGAACUAAGCAGUAAGGUUACCGGAAGCGAGGCUGGGGAAGUGUUCCAUCAAUUUGCAGUAUUUUGUGACCAGCAACUCACGGAUCCAGAUAGCCUUGAAGAUCUCGAACGCUUGAAAAAACUUCGUGAUAAUAAAAAGGAGGAAGUUGAGAAGCUCCAGAAAAUCAGGAAGGAGUCAAAAAACAAGGAGAGGUAUAAUAAUCAUCUCGAUAGAGCUAUAAAGGCUUAUAAACAAGACGAUGAAGACCUCCAGCGGGAAAUUUCUCUUCGGCAGGAUUUUCUAAAGGACAGUCUGAAGCAUUAUCUUCUAGCACUUGCUGCUUCAGAUGAUCAUGAUAGCGCUGCUCUGCGUUUUACCGCCCUUUGGCUAGAAUAUUCAGAAGACGGGUCGGCAAACAACACGGUAUCCAGCAACAUCUCCACGGUUCCAAGUCGAAAGUUUGCCCCUCUGAUGAAUCAAUUGACCUCUAGGCUGCAGAACUCCGAAGUGAAGUUUUACAAGCUCCUUUUCGCAUUGGUAUUGCGCAUUUGUGCUGAACAUCCGUUCCAUGGAAUGUAUCAGAUAUAUGCUGGUGUGAGCACAAUACCUAACCAGCAAGAUGCAGCUGCCAUAUCACGAAUUGAGGCUGCCAAAAAGGUAUCUGAUCAAUUGAAGUCCAGUAAAUCUGUCAAACAAAUAUGGUCGGAUGUAGUUGCCGUUAGCAGAAUGUAUGGCAGCUUGGCCGGCGAGAAGAACGAGGAAAGAUACAAGACCGGGAAUAAGAUUGACAUCAAGGAGUCUCCAGCGGCCACUAAGCUCAGUCACAACUUGAGAAAGCAUCCAGUACCAUCGCUUACAAUGGAUUUGCCAAUUGCUGCUAAUCAGGAUUACUCUACAAUUCCAGUUAUGGUCAGAUUGGGACCAGUCAUAAAGAUUGCGUCAGGUGUGAGCAUGCCCAAGAUUAUAACAGCAGUGGCAGAUAAUGGCAAAAGUUUCACGCAACUAGUAAGAUCACAUCUAACUGAUCAAUUAUUCAAGUUACUUACAAACAACCAGGUUAAAGGAGGACACGAUGACCUUCGUCAAGACGCUAUCAUGGAACAGGUUUUUGGUCAAGUUAGUGAGCUUCUAAAGAUCAAUCGUUCCACACGCCAACGUGACCUGAAAAUCCGCACUUAUAAAGUCUUGCCUCUGACCCCUAUCGCCGGAGUUAUCGAGUUUGUACCCAAUACCAUUCCCCUUCAUGACUAUCUCAUACCGGCUCAUGCCCGAUACUAUCCCAAAGAUCUCAAGGGUGGUCAAUGUCGUAAAGAGAUUCAGGAUGCACAGCCUCUAUCAAUUGACAAUCGAGUCAAGAAAUAUCGAAACGUCACCGAUAGAUUUCAUCCUGUUAUGCGGUACUUCUUUAUUGAGAAUUUUGUCGAUCCUGAUGAGUGGUUUGUCAAGAGAAAUGCGUAUACCCGGAGCACUGCCGCCAUCUCUAUACUUGGCCAUAUCCUUGGACUGGGCGACCGACAUCAGUCUAACAUUCUCCUCGAUAAAUUCUCUGGGGAAAUAGUUCAUAUCGACCUUGGAGUCGCAUUCGAAAUGGGACGCCUCCUCAAAGUGCCAGAAAUUGUUCCAUUCCGUCUCACCCGCGACAUCGUAGACGGAAUGGGUAUUACCAAAACAGAGGGUGUUUUCCGUCGUUGCUGCGAAUUCACACUCGAAGCCCUACGCAAGGAAGCAUACUCCAUUAUGACAAUCUUAGACGUCCUGCGCUAUGAUCCUCUGUACAGUUGGUCCAUAUCUCCUGCCCGCAUUGCCAAGUUACAAGAGGGCCAAGGCGCGGCGCUUAACAGUACCGUUGAGGGUAAGGAGAACGGGAAGACGGUUAAUGAACCUGGCGAGGCGGAUCGAGCAUUGACGGUUAUCAAUAAGAAGUUGAGUAAGACACUUAGUGUGCAGGCGACGGUCAAUGAUUUGAUUAAUCAGGCCAGUGAUGAGAGGAAUUUGGCAUUGAUGUAUUCUGGUAUGUUUUACUACUACAUCUCUCUUUAUGUUAUUUUCAGGGUACAUGAAUUACUAAUGGAUCUGCAGGAUGGGCGGCUUAUGCUUGAUACUUGGGGCUUUACUUUAAGUGGACCUGAUCCUGAAUGAGGGGUUGCAGAUGGGGACGGAAAUGGAGGCAGACUUUUCUGAUUUUGUGAGCGUGCGAGAUACCCUGAAUUCACUACGCUUUCUUGCUUGCGGUUCUGGCGGGUUCUUAUGCAAGAGAUGUAAGAUCGAUAGUAGUAAAAGGAGUAUUUAGCAGGGUUGCUGUUUUGUAUUUAUAGCUUAGGGGAUUAUAAGAAAAGAAAGGUUAAUAAACUAUCUGAUGAUUUUUAAGUAUAUAUAGUGUUUAG